AUGGCCUUGCGGGGCACCCUGUGCAGUGGCCGCACCAGCAGGCGGGCAGCCGCGUUCGUUCUGAUGUGCGCCACUCUGCCGGGCUUGGCCGCCGCCGCCGGGCUUUCCAAAGCGGAGGCUGAUGUCGAGGCUGCUGAGAGGCUUGCCCUGCUCCGCUUCCGCAACUCCACCGUUGAGUGGGAGCAGCUGGUGCAGCAGGAAGGGCCCAGGGGCCUGCCAGGCUGGGACCAAGCCUCGCCGCAGCACCACUGUCACUGGGGCGGCGUCGCUUGCUGCCGCAUCGAGCAACAGAGCGCUUUCCCCACGCUGCUGGACACGCGGCAGCAAGCCGUGUGUUCAAUCAGGCUGGAACUCCUCGCAUCGCCUGUGCCAGUGACAGCGGCGGCGACUGAAGCAUCCAGAAGUGACAGUGGUGGCGGGAGUGGCGUCUCUUUGGAGCCGCUGCUGCAGCUGGAGUGGCUGGAGGAGCUCGACCUGCGGGGCAUUUCCAUUGACGCCAGCAGCCUGGAGGCUCUGGCCAACGGCGAGCAGCCAGCGCGGCAGCUGUGGCAGCUCACGCUGAGCCAUGCUUUCCUAAAUGACCCGCUGCCUCCCCGCUUGUUCAUGCACCCCUCAAUCAAGCACCUCGACCUCUCUCACUCAGGACUGCUCGGCCCCCUGCCGCCCAUAAGGAUGUGGUCGCUCCAGGAAAUCAAUUUAGCUGGCAACCAGGUCACCGGCACCAUUCCUCUCUCCUGGCUGGUCCGCAAUGCCACCAGAGAUGCCUGGCCAUUGGGGGACGGCACUCCUGCUCCUUUCGAUGAGCCUCUGACCUUGAACUUAUCAUCCACGGCACUCGUUGGCCCGCUGCCCGAGCUUCCGCCAGGCUCCAUCUCUGUGCUGGAGGCUCUUGAUGUCUCCAACACGCCGCUGAAUGCGACCCUUCCUGCAAGCUGGGCUGACGCGUCACCUCACAUCAUCCUCCUUGACCUCUCCAACACAAGCGCCAGGGGUGCCGUCCCGCAUUCAUGGUGGACCAGCAUUGGCCUGCUGGGCACCAAGGAUGACGGGCACGCUGCAGCCUCACUGGUGGUGCUUGCAGGCAACCAGCUGACAGGCACAGUGCCCCUGAGCUGGUUGUUGUCGGCGUGCAGGGUGGCCAAGCCCGGGGAAUACUUUCCCGUUCAGGAGAAGGAGGCCGCCCGAAUACAGCAGGCCAUGGAGCAGCAUACCACGCUGGUGCAUCACGACCCAUACACGCUCUAUUCUGUGCUGAAAUACCUACGGCACAGACAGAUGAUGUACAAUCGCGUGCCAUGCCAGCGUGAAGCCGAUAUGUGGCCCGGCAACGAUGCACUGUGCAUUGACAAGGACAAACCUGGUGGUUGGAGCCGCGCGGCAGAUUUUGCCAUCCACAAUCUCCCUAUUGGAGACGUGCUGCAGCACCGCUUCAGCGUGCCGAGCAGCGGGGCGAGCCGCGGCGGUAGGGCGGCGCCCUUGCUCCUGCUGGCCCUGGCGGUGGCACUGGCAGCAUUGGGGAGCCUCGUGGCAGGACGCCUGGUGGGGCGGCGGCGCCUGUCUGUGCCCGGCUGGCUCAGGAAGGGCUAUGUUGGCCUGCCGGUGCGCAGUUCCGAAGUAGGCAGCUCCAUCACCUGCUCUUCUAUCCAGCCCACGCAGCAUCGUCAGCUGGAACUAGCAGUGAGGGCGGUGGAGCGUGCACAGACUGUGGGAGAGGCGGUCGACAGCAGCGAGGCCACCACCUUCAGCCACGCCAGCAGUGAAGACGAGCUGCUGAUGCAGCAGCCGGCCGGGCCAGCCAGUCAGCAGAUUCAGCAAGGGGUGAUGCAGACAGAGGAGGAGGAUUCGAUGCCCCUUCUGGCGAUGCUGCCGCUCAGCCAGCUGACGUUUCCAAAGCACAAUGGCCAGCCGCUGGCCUUGGGAGGCACCGGUUCCACCAAGGUGAUGCUUGGCAGGCUGGAGGGCGUGGGCGAGGUGGCCGUCAAGGCCUUGCACGUCAGCCCGCAGCAGCUGUCGGCAGCACGUCGUGAAGUGGCGCUCCUUCGGCGGUGUGCCAACCGACAUACGUGUGUGGUGACGGUGCACGGGCUGUGCUAUGCGCACCCCUUCCUGCUUGUUGUCACAGAGCUGUGCAGCGGCGGCGACCUCCAAUCCGUGCUGCGCCACCCAGAGCUGCGGUGGUAUGGUCGUGGCGGUCAGGUGGCGCUAGACGUCUGCCGAGGCAUGGCCUUCAUGCACUCCCAGGGCGUGGUGUGGGCUGACUGCAAGCCCGGGAACGUGCUGCUCACGGCAGACUGGCGAGCUAAAGUGACCGACCUGGGCACCUCGCGCCUGCUGCGAGGCACCAGCACCGCCCAGGUGGCGGCCACGCUGGCAUACGCAGCUCCUGAGCAGCUUCUCAACGGGCGUGUGAGCCUGGCAUCUGAUGCCUACUCGCUGGGGCUGGCCCUGUACGACAUCUGCUGCGGCGAGCAAGCUCCGCUUCACGGGCACCAGCGGCGAUCGCUGGUACCUGGCCAGGACUGUCCCGCAGCGGUGCUGCAAGCGAUCCUGCGCUGCCUCUCCCAGCAGCCCGGCGAGCGCCCAACAGCAGCGCAGGUAGCGGAGACACUUCAGGCGAGCUUGACAGAGCAGGGGCCAGACAAUGGGUGAGGCAUCGGCCAAGUCUGCUGCCGCGCUGCAGCUGCCCUCAAUUCAAUUCUGUGUAUUUUCUUACUUGACCCUGUACCAUUCCACCAGUUUUGCCAUUUCGUACAUGAUGCCAUAUUUGUCCGACCGUCCAACUUAUGUCAUUCAGUUUUUAAUCUUCCUCAUGCCUCUAUUGGCAAUCUUGCACGCCACACAUCCUCAAGCCAUGUCGCCUAUGCGUGUGCGGGGUGUAAGCAUGAAACGUGGCG